AUGGGGUCGAAAAAUGACAAGUUUGUGGUGCCAUCGCCCGUCAAAGAGAAGACUGCUGCGGUUACCGGAGGUAGUGAAGAGGAAACCUUCUUUAAUUCCCAACCUUGGUUAGAGUCCGACUGUGACGGUGAUUUCUUUAGUGUCAAGGGUGAUUUUGCCUCAUCUCGUGGAAGCACUCCGGUGAAUAGGGAUCUCGUACCAGAGGGAACCCCGAAUUCAAUACUUGAAGAAUCUCCUUCAGAUGAGAAAAGGAGACUUUCUGAACUCUUUCAAGAGAGGAUACGAGUUGAUCAUGAAGAAGAUGAGCCAAAUGCUGCAGGCAACAAAAAUGGGGUUCAUUAG